AGUGAAGUUUCUUUUGGGCAUCCAUUAGAAUGCUAUGAUCUUUUGCGUACUCUGAAACCAGAUGUAGCCGCACAAUUGCAUCCGAAUAAUGUGCGUAAAGUAAAGAAAGCACUUCUCGAUGUUCUGAAAGGAUCUAUUCAGACUAAAACACAAACUGAAUUGAAUGAAAAUAUAGAAAAUGUAGAUUUGGGAAAACAAGUGUUAAAUCGAUCUAUUAAACCUCGAUAUCCUGGAGAGUCGCUCAUAUUAUGGCUGGACUGUGCUUCCGAUGUUUUGAAUACUCAGUUGAAUAAGCGGGUGAAUAGAAUGUUGGAUUCCGGGUUAGUUGAUGAAUUGGACACUUUUCUUGACAAGGUGAAUGUUUUGCCAGAUAGAUUCAGUGAGACUGAAACAUCUGAUACGCCAGACAUUGCAAAACGAACUCGAGUGGAAAAAUUAAGGGCAUUGUUUGCUCAAGAGUUGGAGUCAGUCUCAGAUCCUAUGACUCGUCGUGGCCUACUUCAAAGUAUCGGACUCAAAGAAUUUUCAGAUUAUUUAGCUUUAUUACCAGAAGAACGUGACACUAUUGAGGCAAAUACUCUUCUGAAGCAAGCAACAGAGAAUGUUAAAACAGCCACUCGACAGUAUGCACGUCGUCAGGUUUCUUGGAUUAGAAAUCGAUUUUUACGACGUCCUGUAGAAGGUAGCAUUCCUGUUUAUCGUAUAGAUGUGACAGAUUUUUUAAACUCUGAAUCUCCAGAUAUUUGGAAUAAGACAAUUAUUGCACCAACUGUACGCUUAGUCUACAAUGAAUUAAUAAAAAUAAAUGAUUUACUCUUUGAAAACUUGAAAAACAAUGAUUAUCUAAAAAGUUUACUUGAUAUUUGUCCUGAAAAUUCUUGUCCUAAAGCAGAAUCAUUACUUUUGCCUAAAUCUUUUAAUGAAUCAAACAAUAACAACAAUUCUCCAUUCAUUUGUUCAAUAUGUUCAAAUAGAAUAUUUACACAAAUCGAUGGUUGGGAAGCUCAUUUAAAAAGUAGAUCACAUCAGAAACGUGCAGCAAAAUAUAAGAAAAGAUUACUUAUCGAGAAAGCAAUGAAAAAUUUAUCAUCAUAAUAUUUUGUUAAAUAGAUAAUGUUUUGUAUAAAAGUUGUUUUUUUCCUCAAUAAAAUAUAUUACAUUCA